AUGAGGGGGGAUGGUGUUUGGACUCUCCCAAGGGGGCGUCAUCCAAUAGCCCGACUUCUCCGGACACUUCUCCCAAGCUCGCUAAACUUAUCUCCUCUGGCUCAGGACACUUAUACUUGGCUCAAUCGGCUUACCGGAAUCCAGGGGAACUUCUCCUCUUCUGAAACUUGGUAUUCCCUCCACCCUGCAGGACCGGCAGUUGCUUGGGCAGAAGCGGUUUGGUUCUCGCAAAACAUCCCUAAACACGCUUUCAUUCAUUGGGUCGUUGCUCGAAACAGACUCCCAACAAGAGAUAGACUUAGGUCUUGGGGCCUCCUUUUCCCGGAUAGUUGCCUACUUUGCGGAACAAACAUCGAGACGCAUGAGCACCUAUUCUUUGAGUGCCCUUAUGCAUCCGAGGUGUGGUCUACUGUUUUUGAUCAUUCCCCCCUCCAACAAUCUUUCUCCUUUGCGGACAUUCAAGCUUGGAUUCUCACAGCUGCACCCAUUGAUAGAGUUAAGGUUAUUUGCAAACUACUUUUUCAGUCAUCUAUCUAUGAAAUUUGGAAGGAGAGAAAUUCUAGAUUACACAGAGCUGUUUCUAAGCCUCCGGCUCUGGUCAUCAGGGAGAUUCAAUCCACUAUUCGGCGCAAGCUUUACGUUCUGGAUAUGGCUAUCUCAGACCGUAGCACUAUUACCCAACCACCCCAGGAGACUUACCUUGCGACUUGGUUCGGGUUCUUUCAACGAUGA